AUGCCUCUGCUUAUUUCUAGCUACUUGGAUAUCCAGGAUCUGGGUCGUGCAGCACAGGUGUGCCGCCAGUUUGCCCGUGCGCGCUGGCUCAAGGUCGACCUACGGCCAGUGUACGACAAGGUCUCCAGUGCCACGUUAACCUACGUCUUGACCCAAAAGCAGCCCAGCAUCCUCGUGGUGCCACGACCACACAAUAGACUCGUCCCCGCUGCCCCCUUUGAUCAGUUCUUCGGACGCGAGCUGACCCUCUCCAAUGUUCAAGUGGCCAACGCCCACCUCCUCGCCCUCGUCCGCAGCACAUCAUCGAAUCUGAGCGUCUUGCGCUUGAGCAACUGCUAUCUGAGCCCCGCCAAUGCCCGCUACAUUGUCCGUCUGAUGCUGGCGUGUCCCGACCUCCGAGAACUGGAUCUCAGUGAGAACGGCUUUAACGCAGCCGUCAUGCGCUACUUUGCCGAAACCGACUGCUGGAGCGCCCUGCGCCGGCUGGACAUUUCACACAUGAAAAUGGAGCGUCUUGACGCUGCGGCCGUCGCGACUUGGCUCCUCCGCUGCCCUUGGCUUGAGGAGCUUCACCUUGCUUCCACCCAACUCCAUGAUGACGAUUUGAUGGCACUUUUGCCUGUCAUUGCCCAGCUCAAGUAUCUGCGCCAUCUCAACCUCGGGGACAAUUGCCUCACGGCCCACGGCAUUGCAGAGUUGUGCAAUACCAUCAAGCACAUGACCAUUGAGACGCUCGACCUGCAAUGCAAUGAGCUGGGUGCCGCUGCGCUCCAGCCCCUGAUGCUACAUCUCAAAACGGGCCGACCCAGUGCCAAAGCUCAUGGAUAUUUGCACGCUGGCUCGCAGCCGGCCGCCACCCUGAAGCGCCUGAUUUUGUGGGACAACCGCAUGGGCAACGCAGGCGCCAUAGCGCUUGCCCAAGCCUUGGCUUGCAGUCUCACGCUUGAAGAAGUGGACGCUCGCUUCAACCACAUCUCAGUGGGUGGUGCCCGAGCUUUGGCUGAGGCCUUGGAGCGCAACACAACUUUGCGCAAGCUUGGGCUACGGCACAACCCAUUGCAAGACGCCGGUGCCGUGUCCUUUGCUUCAACACUUCGCCUCAACAGCACGCUGCGCGAACUGGAUUUGGAAGAGGUUGGCAUGUCCUACAUUGGUGUGGAAAGCUUGGCUCGUGCCCUGCGGGCCAACCACAGCUUGCGUUGCCUCUGCCUCCGCAACAACAACAUUGGUGAUACUCUGGACCUGUCGCAGCUGUACCAUGCCACGGAACAUGCCGUGAGCGAGCAGGCGCUUCGUGACUUUGCCUCGGCUCUGGCUAACAACCACACCCUGCGCCGCGUGGCCCUCAUUGGCAUGGCCCCGUCACCAGCUGUCGCCCGCUACUUUCAUAAUGAACUGGCCCAGCGAGUACAGCUGGAGAAGACAGCCAAGGGUCAACUGAUCAGAGUCCAAUCAUCUUUGUUGCAUACCAUGUGGAUAGCCACCCUCCUCUGUCGCGACAUCUCCCUAACCCUAACCCUAAUGGAAUUGAUAUAUAUGAGCGAGACGCGAGUCAUAAUAUCCUCAUGGAUUUUGGCACGAGAAGCGUAA